GCGCUUACAUCCCGCAGAGGGCGGUAAGGACACAGCGCACAACUCUGCCUUAUACCUGCGAGUUAAAAAGCCAAGGGUUCGCUCACUCAACCUUGAAUGCGCGUCAGAAUCACCUGGGGGAGGUUUUAUAAAAUACCCAUGCUCCACCCAAGACAAUGAAAUCAGACUCCCUGCGAGCGGGGCCGAACAUCAGCAUUUUUGAGGACGCUCCCUGUGGCUGUGCAUCGGUGAUCUUUAAUCCCCUGCUACUUGUUAGAGGAGCUGGAUGACACUUCGUGGGCUCAUUCUCAUAAAUAAGCUGCUGAAUGGAGUCCUCUCCUCCCAAGAGUUGUCGGUGUUGCAUCUUUUUGUUGUUUAUUUUUUUUUUAAGCCAACGGACGAAGACAUCCAACGGUGCUGCAUCUUAAUGGGGGGACAUCCAGCUAAAGGGAAUCUUGGGGCCUCCGCGGGUUUCUAGCAGCUCGCGGCAUGUUGGUUUCCCAGGGCAAGAGGCCGCCACUGAAGGUCAGCUCUGUCUUUCCAGCUGGGCAGUGGAGGCUCUAAGUCUGUUUUCAGCAGGAUCGGAGGAAGGAGACGGGGUGGCCCCAAGGAAGAAGGAGAAAAGGCGGCCGAGAAGAGGAGGAGGGCAAGGGGAAGAGGAAGGGCGAGGGAGGAGCCUGAGGAGACUCGCCCGGCUCAACCCAGACAUCCGCGCCCCGGCCGCCUGGUGGCCAUGGCGGGCCUGGGACUGGGCCCGGGCUCCGCCGUUCCCGUGUGGCUGGCCGAGGACGACCUCGGCUGCAUCAUCUGCCAGGGGCUGCUGGACUGGCCCGCCACGCUGCCCUGCGGCCACAGCUUCUGCCGCCACUGCCUGGAGGCCCUGUGGGGCGCGCGCGGCGCCCGCCGCUGGGCCUGCCCCACUUGCCGCCAGGGCGCCGCGCAGCAGCCGCAGCUGCGGAAGAACACGCUACUGCAGGACCUGGCCGACAAGUACCGCCGCGCCGCACGCGAGAUACAGGCGGGCUCCGACCCUGCCCACUGCCCCUGCCCGGGCUCCAGUCUCCGCUCCAGCGCGGCCGCCAGGCCCCGGCGCCGCCCGGAACUGCAGCGGGUGGCAGUAGAGAAGAGCAUCACAGAAGUUGGUCAGGAGCUGACAGAGCUGGUGGAACAUCUUGUAGACAUUGUCAGAAGCCUGCAGAAUCAGAGGCCCCUAUCAGAAUCUGGACCAGACAACGAACUGAGCAUCCUGGGCAAGGCUUUUUCUUCUGGGGUGGAUCUUUCCAUGGCUUCUCCAAAGCUGGUGACUUCCGACACAGCUGCAGGGAAAAUCAGAGAUAUUCUCCAUGACCUAGAAGAAAUUCAGGAAAAAUUACAGGAAAACGUCACCCGGAAAGAGGCUCCUGAAGCACAAAUGCAGGGAGAACUCCUGGAAGCCCCGUCUUCCUCCUCAUGCCCAUUGCCUGACCAGAGCCACCCUGCACUCAGGAGAGCUUCUCGGUUUGCUCAGUGGGCCAUCCGUCCAACCUUUAACUUGAAGAGCCUUUCCUGCAGCCUGGAGGUGUCCAAGGAUUCCCGUACAGUGACUGUGUCUCACCGCCCACAACCCUAUCGCUGGAGCUGUGAGAGGUUUUCUACCAGCCAGGUCUUAUGUUCCCAGGCCCUGUCUUCUGGAAAGCAUUACUGGGAAGUGGACACUAGGAAUUGCAGCCACUGGGCAGUUGGGGUGGCUUCCUGGGAGAUGAGCCGCGACCAGGUCCUAGGAAGGACUAUGGACUCUUGUUGUGUGGAAUGGAAGGGGACUAGCCAGCUCUCUGCAUGGCACAUGGUCAAGGAAACUGUCCUUGGCUCAGACAGACCUGGGGUGGUGGGCAUCUGGCUGAACCUUGAGGAGGGAAAGCUUGCCUUCUAUUCAGUGGACAAUCAGGAGAAGCUUCUGUAUGAGUGUACCAUCUCUGCCUCCUCUCCUUUGUACCCUGCCUUCUGGCUGUAUGGCUUACAUCCUGGAAAUUACCUGAUAAUAAAGCAAGUAAAGGUGUAAGGUUUCCUAAGGGAUUACAACACAGUGGUUUCCUGGUCUCUCUCCCUGUCAUCAAUCAGGGUAGUAACUUGACUUAAGAAUACCACUUUUUAGAAAAAUUACGAUAGAGAUGGGAUCUCACUAGGUUGCCCAGGCUGGUGUCGAAUUCCUGGCCUCAAGCAAUCCUCCCACCUCAGCCUCCCAAGGUGCUGGGAUUACAGGUGUGAGCCACCACACCUGGCCAAGAAUACCACUUUUGAAGUUAAUCCUUUUGUGUGAUACAGGAUGAACUUGGGAUGUUUGAACCCUGGACAUUCCAAAUAAAGAAUAGGCCCCUGCCUGGCUCCUGGGAGAUAACCUCUAAGCCAUUAGAAUAUCUUGCCUGAUAAGAGUGUUUUUGUUUACCUGUGGGCCUUGGGCCAUGCAGUAUCAGCUUGACCUUGCAAGGUCAAGCUGAGGAGACUAAGUUAGCCAUGUGGGCAGUGAAGCAUGCCAAUGUGAUCAAUCCCUAGUAAAAGCCCUGGACACCUAGGCAUGGGUGAGCUACUCUGGUUGGUAAUACUCCGUGCACACAUCAUUGUAGCCACACAUCAUUGCUGGGAGAAUUAAGCAUUAUCCUGAAGACUCUGCCAGGAGAGGAUAAUUGGAAGUUCUCUUGGACCUUACCUUAUGUGCCUUUCUUCAUUGCUGAUUUUAAUCUGUAUCCUUUCACUGUAAUAAACUGUAACUAUGAGUGCAACA